AGUUUUCUGUGUCUGAACACAGCCUAAUUCAAUUACACUUCAGCUGUGUCACUAGCAGGUCAGGCUAAACUUGUGGUUGAUGGAAACAUCUGGAACUUCUUCAAGCUGAUGCUGCUUCCUCCUCCACUUCACCUGCAUGCUGAGAUUUGCAGUGAUCUUGUGAAAUGUAUCCUGUGGUUUCCGGCUGAAGUGCAGACGAAAACCACUUUGGUAGUGCCAGUGUGACUCAUCCACAAUGAUUUCUCCAGUGCUCAUCUUGUUCUCGAGUUUUCUCUGCCAUGUUGCUAUUGCAGGACGGACCUGUCCCAAGCCAGAUGAUUUACCGUUUUCCACAGUGGUCCCACUAAAAACAUUCUAUGAGCCAGGAGAAGAGAUUACGUAUUCCUGCAAGCCGGGCUAUGUGUCCCGGGGAGGGAUGAGAAAGUUUAUCUGCCCUCUCACAGGACUGUGGCCCAUCAACACUCUGAAAUGUACACCCAGAGUAUGUCCUUUUGCUGGAAUCUUAGAAAAUGGAGCAGUACGCUAUACGACUUUUGAAUAUCCCAACACGAUCAGUUUUUCUUGUAACACUGGGUUUUAUCUGAAUGGCGCUGAUUCUGCCAAGUGCACUGAGGAAGGAAAAUGGAGCCCGGAGCUUCCUGUCUGUGCUCCCAUCACCUGCCCUCCACCAUCCAUACCUACGUUUGCAACACUUCGUGUUUAUAAGCCAUCAGCUGGAAACAAUUCCCUCUAUCGGGACACAGCAGUUUUUGAAUGUUUGCCACAACAUGCGAUGUUUGGAAAUGAUACAAUUACCUGCACGACACAUGGAAAUUGGACUAAAUUACCAGAAUGCAGGGAAGUAAAAUGCCCAUUCCCAUCAAGACCAGACAAUGGAUUUGUGAACUAUCCUGCAAAACCAACACUUUAUUACAAGGAUAAAGCCACAUUUGGCUGCCAUGAUGGAUAUUCUCUGGAUGGCCCGGAAGAAAUAGAAUGUACCAAACUGGGAAACUGGUUUGCCAUGCCAAGUUGUAAAGCAUCUUGUAAAGUACCUGUGAAAAAAGCCACUGUGGUGUACCAAGGAGAGAGAGUAAAGAUUCAGGAAAAAUUUAAGAAUGGAAUGCUACAUGGUGAUAAAGUUUCUUUCUUCUGCAAAAAUAAGGAAAAGAAGUGUAGCUACACAGAGGAUGCUCAGUGUAUAGAUGGCACUAUCGAAGUCCCCAAAUGCUUCAAGGAACACAGUUCUCUGGCUUUUUGGAAAACUGAUGCAUCCGAUGUAAAGCCAUGCUAAGGUGGUUUUCAGAUUCCACAUAAAAUGUCACACUUGUUUCUUGUUCAUCCAAGGAACCUAAUUGAAAUUUAAAAAUAAAGCUACUGAAUUUAUUGCCGCA